GGCAAUUGGCACUUUCACUAAUAUAAAUAGACUCGGGAGACAAUAUUCUUGAUUACAAAUCAUCAGAUGCCACUCACAAAUUCCUAAUGGGGCAGCUUUAACUUUUUUGAUUCAGUACUAUGAACAAUGAAAUCUAACAAAGUACAACAAAAACAGUAGAAAGAAGAGUGGAAAAGAUAAAGGAGAAACCCAGCAAGAUCAGUAUAUCACCGUCAUACAUAUAGGUUGAUUUAUCAACUUAAACACCAGAUUUAAAACCCAGCAGAUGGCAGAUCACCUCAGUUGCCUUUCUCAUUCAUACACACUUUAUUGAGCCAUCUCUUGCUUGCAAUAUCCAACUACCCAAUGCCUCCUUUCUCAAGUUUUCUCAUAUUCUCGAUCCCUUCUCUCUUUUCCAUUCUCUCUUGGAUCCAAGAAAGCUAUGAUUCCUCAUGAUAUAUAUAAUAAAAUGGAGGCAAAAGAGGUAAACUCUUCUUUUGCAAAUACACAAAGAUUGCUGUUUCUCUGGUGUAGUAUAUCUUAGCUUCUUCCCUAUCAUUCUCUUGCAAGAACCCAGGAGAAAACUAUACAACCAAAGUGUUGAGGAAGCAACUAGGAGAGAUGGGUGUUAACUCUCUUUGGCAUUCUGCAUUGUUUUUCUUGUUUCUUUUCUUUAGUCCAGGUUCAAGUGUUCCAAAGAAUCCUCCAUUGGAAGCCAUCCAACAAAACAGAAGACAAGUUAAUCAUGAAAACCAUCUACUUUUCUCAUCUUCAGUGUCCACUACCCAGUACGAUACAACUCCUGUAGUUAAUCCAAGUCCAACCAUAACAACUCCCACACUAAUCUUCCCGGCAUCCCCACCACCACCUACAACCAUCACAACCCCCACAGUACCAGUCACAACCCCGACGUCUCCCACCAUAACCCCAACAACUCCCUUCAUAACCCCAACGACUCCCACUACAACCCCCACAACUCCCACCACAACUCCAACGACUCCCACCACAACCCCUACAUCUUCAGGUGGUAGUUGGUGUAUAGCAAGCCAGUCUGCUUCAGAAACUGCCCUGCAGGUAGCUCUGGAUUAUGCUUGUGGCUACGGAGGUGCAGACUGUUCACCAGUUCAACCAAGUGGAAGCUGUUAUAACCCAAACACUCUCCGGGAUCACGCUUCCUAUGCCUUCAAUGACUAUUACCAGAAGAACCCAGCUCCAACCAGCUGUAGUUUUGGAGGAACAGCACAACUGACUACCACCGACCCAAGUAGUGGUAGCUGUCACUAUCCGUCAUCAGCAACAUCAACCAGCACAACAACUCCAGUUUACCAGACUCCACCAUCGCCAACAAUGUCGACACCAACAAUUACGACUACACCACCAUCCACAACCACCCCAUCCAUAGCUACGCCCAGUGGAUCAACAAUUUAUGGUGACGAGCCCUCAGAGUCCCCCAACACAGCUAACUCUAUCUCAUCUUGCAUGCUUCUUCUGUCCACCAAACUCUUGGGAUCACUUCUUCUGGCAAUCUACCUCUAAAACAACAGGAAGUUCUGAGUAUUCAAUCUGCGGUUAGAUGGCAACUCAUUCAUUUGCCGAAAACCCACAUAAAGUCCAAGGAGGCACUGAGAACUGAUAUGAGCUAUCAUGUUCUCUCAAGGCCUUGUUCUCACCAUCUACACUAUUGUCAAACUUCAUCUAUGUAUACCUCUUAGUUGACUGUUAAACCUGAGAGAAAAGUCAGAAAGCAUAGAAUUUUUUUAGGUACUUGUACUUGUAGACAUAUAGGUCCUUCUCUACAGUAUUAGCACAAUAAAUUAUUAGCUAAUUUGAAUCAGGCUUUAGGAUAUUACACAUAUUAUAUGAGUAUUGAUGAGAUGCUCAGUUACAUGAUACUAGCUAGAACAUUAUCUAUUUUGAUCCCAUUGAGCAACAAGCAUACAACAGAGUAACAAGUUCAACUAUAAAAUUCGUUCACAUAGUUAGAAACAAUGGAUGUAGAAUAUUUGGAAGAAGAAUGACUCAUGUCCCAACUGCUAGUAAGACAUGAAGAUAUGAUAAUUUGACCGUAUAACUCUACCAUGAUACCUAUUUGGACUAAGAAGGCAACAGAUAAUAAGCUCUUCAUCAUUCGCUUCAUUGAACAAUGAUUUUCAAAUUUCAACUAUUCAAAUCUUGCUUAAUUCGUUCAUAAUAGUAUUUUCAUGCAAGAUACCUCUAUAUAACUACUAAAAGGGACUCUCAUAUCAGCAAUGAAUCGUUUAAAGGCUUAGAUAAAAAUGCUCAGCAGUGCACCAACAGAGAGAAGAGGUGCAACAUGAGUAGUCUA